AUGUAUUCAUUGACUAAAGAUUACGUAUUAGCUUUAAUAACAACAAGCUACGGAUUUUUAAAGUUAAGACAAAAUCUAUUUAUUGAAAAUAGCUUGAGAAAUUCAAUUUUAAAAGAUAAUAACAAAAAUAUUAAUAAGUGGUUUUGCGAUACUAAUAAUUCCAACUCAAAAUUUGCUAAUCAGAAAUUAAGAUCCCAUAUUGCAAAAGUUCCUACACUUAACAAUUUAUAUAUUUACUGCAACCCAUCAGCUGUAUCAAUUGAUACUGCAAAACAAUACUUAGUUGAUAUAUUAAAAAGUUUGGGUAUUAAUAAUCAAAACAGUCUCAUUAUAUAUGAAAAAAGUGGAAGUUUUAUUAUUAAAAUUAAGAUCCCUAAAAUAUAUAAUGUAAAUUUUUUAUUGAAUGGUAUACUUAAAGUUAUAAAUGAAAAAGUAUUACCAUCUCAAUCUUCAACUACAAUAAAUAUUAGUAAAUGGAAAAGUUUUGAAAAUAUAGAUGGUAAAAGGAUUAAUAUUGAAUUUAAUGAUAUAUUAAAUAGUAAAGGAUAUUUAAAUGUUUUCGUACCAAAAGAUGAAAAUGAAUUAACUGAGUUAGAAUUUAUUCGUCCAUCAAAACAAUUAACAGUAAAAGAUAUUGAAGCUUUAAAGACUGGUUUAUUACUAAGCCAAAAUAGUGAAAAUAAAAUAGUACAGAAUAAUUUAAACCAAUGGGAUGCUCAUUAUCUUAUGAGUACUAUUUUUGAUAGAAUUGAUCACUUUUUUAACUUUGAUCCAUUUAUGGAAUCAGGAUUUCAUACAAAUACAUAUGGACCUAAUGAUAUACAUCAAAUAUUUAAUUUGGAGCCAAAUAUGGCAAGAUUUCCUAUGAAAAAUAUUAAUUAUUCUAUAUCUAACCAAUUAAAUGAUAAAUUUAAUCAAAAUAAGUCAGAGAAUUUAAAAAUGAAUGAAUUGGAAGCAAUAUCUACACUAGAAGAAUUAGGGGUUCAAGUAUAUAUUGAUCAAGAAGAUUAUACAUCUGAAAUGAAUAAUGAAAAAAGAAAAGAAAUUAAUCUUGAAGAUUCAAAUCAAUGGGAUAAUCUUGCUGGUUAUGAGCAUGUCAAAACACAAAUAGAAAAACAUAUAUUAUUACAUAUAAAAUAUCCUGAAAUAUUAAAUAAAAUAGUUAAUGGAACAAGAAAACAAGAUAAUUCUUCAAAUAGACCUAAAUUAAUUUUAUUUGAAGGUCCACCUGGUACUGGUAAGACUACAUCAGCUAGAAUUAUAAGUAAAGUCGCUAAAAUUCCACUAUUGUAUGUUUCAUUAGAAAAUAUUAUAUCUAAAUGGUAUGGAGAGAGCGAACAAAAAUUAGCUCAAGUAUUUAAUUUGGCAAAACAAUUUGAUAAUGGUUGCAUUAUAUUUAUAGAUGAAAUAGAUACAUUAGCAUCUUCACGUGAUAAUACAUUUAAUAUGCAUGAAGGAUCUAAAAGGAUACUUUCGGUCCUUCUAAGAAAGUUAGAUGGUUUUGAUACAAUAAAAGAUAAAAUUCUUUUAAUAUGUGCUACAAAUCGUCGAAAUGACAUAGAUCAAGCAUUUAUAAAUAGAAUUGAUUCUACAAUUUAUUUUCAUCUUCCAGAUGAAAAGGAACGUAAAGCUAUAUUUCAACAAUAUGCUAAGCAUUUAAAUGAUGAACAACUUUCAGAAUUAUCAAAACUAUCUAAUAAACUUUCUGGAAGAGCAAUAAGACAUGUCUGUUUAGAGGCUGAAAGAGAAUGGGCAGCGAAUAUAUUAAAAAAAGGAGACCAGGAAAAAAAAACAUCACAAGACAUUGAAUUACCUUUAUAUGAUAUUUAUAUAGAUUGUUUAAAGAAAAAAAAGACAAACAGAUCGAAAGUUCCAAUUUAA